AUGUCCCAACAACAACACAAUGAUGACUGCAAAACUUGUUCUGUCAUAAUUGAGUUAAUAGAUUUCGGAAUUGGAACAUGUUAUUCAAAUCUACAAAACAAGUUCCACAAUUAUCAAAAAGAUUUGAUCAAAUGGAUGAAUAAUCGUGAUAGAGUGGACGAUAGAUUUCUUCCAAUCGAAUUCAUGCACGAUAGAUCCUUCGUAGUGGAUUACUUCAAAAAAUUCCCUCACAAUUUCGAGAGUGUAGCCGAUGAAUUCAAGAAUGACAAACAAGUCAUCAAGGAAGUAGUUAGAAAUCUCGGCUGUUUGCUUACCUUUGCAUCUGAUGAAUUGAAGAAUGAUAGGGAAGUUGUUUUGGAAGCUGUCAAACAAGAUGGUUCAACACUUCAAUAUGCAUCGAAUGAAUUGAGAAAUGAUCAUGAAAUUGUUCUGGAAGCUGUCAAACAAGAGGGUGAGGCACUGGAAUACGCAUCAAAUGAAUUGAGAAAUGACAAUUAA